GAUUUUGAGUUAAAUUUUAGGGAUGGAGAUGAGGAAUGGGAUGAGGAUGCUCUAAGACAUCCAUAAACUAAUCCUUUCGGUAGACCAGUGCCAACCGCAGCCACUGUGCCGACCCAACCCGCCUUGGAGAACAAAUUCUGGUCAGCUUGCCGGAGCUAGUCCCUCUAGGCUUGGCAUCCGAUAGAAGAUUUAAGAAGGACAAGCUUUUUCUUUCCAUUGGCUCGCUACUAAUCUCAGACAUUUCAUUAGGAAUUUUGAGUUAGGAAGCCGUUGGAGAUAGAUUAAAGCUAAAUUAGAUGGAGUGCGUGGUUCAAGGAAUUAUAGAGACACAGCAUGUUGAGGCCCUCGAGAUUCUUCUUCAGGGUCUUUGUGGUGUUCAUAAAGAGCGUUUGAGGACCCAUGAAAUAUGCCUUAAAAGUAGCCCAAACCUAGGCACUGUGUCUUCGGAGGUUCGAAUCUUAUGUGAUCUUGAGCAGCCUGAGCCCACAUGGACUGUUAGACAUAUAGGAGGUGCAAUGAGGGGUGCAGGUGCUGAGCAAAUUUCAGUUCUAGUAAGAACCAUGGUGGAAAGCAAAGUUAGCAAGAAUGUGCUCCGCUUAUUUUAUGCACUCGGCUACAAGCUGGACCAUGAGCUUCUAAGAGUGGGAUUUUCAUUCCAUUUCCAAAGGGGAGCUCAGAUCACUGUUACUGUGUCCUCGGUUAAUAAAAUGCUGAAACUACAUGCAACUGAUGAGGCUGUGCCGGUAACACCUGGUAUUCAGCUUGUUGAAGUGACGGCCCCUGCAUCAGCUGAAAGUUAUUCUGAAGUUGUCUCUGCAGUAUCAUCUUUCUGCGAAUAUCUUGCACCGCUCCUGCAUUUGUCAAAACCAGGCAUUUCAACAGGUGUUGUUCCUACUGCUGCUGCCGCUGCUGCCUCUCUUAUGUCAGAUGGUGGGGGUACACCCUUGUAGCAGGGUUAUAAAAUUGCAAGAUUUGUGGAAAGUUCUGUAUUUAUGGCGACUUCUGUUGGAGACUCCACAAAAAUUGGCAGUAUUUGAGUACUAAACUAUAUGAAGUCCCUGUAGAGUCUUUGUACAAAAGGCUUAAUGAUGGAAUAAUUCACUUUGGUGGGUAUUGGUUUCAGAAAUCUAUUUUGGAAUCAUUUCCCGCAGGUUUGGUAGAAUGUUUGAAAGGUGGGUUAGUUUUUAUUAGGUAUCCAAACUUUUGGGGCCACAAAUGAUGGCAGACAGUCUGUUUUGAUGGCCAAUUAUUUAGGUAUUUUCCAGAAGCCGGUCUUUUCUUA